GCCACCCAACGAACUUCCAACAUGUGAUUCACGUCGACACCUCCACGCCCGAGUCCGACUUGAAACAACUCCUUAUAGAGAAGACCAGCGAUGCGAGUGUGCACGGCUCUGCUCAUGACGUCAGCAAAGUUCCUGUAGGCCGGGGAGGAGGAGCCAGGCAAGGAGCCGAAGGGAGGGGCGGCUCCUCGGCGACACGCCCCUCUGCCCAUGCUAAGAUAAGGAAGGACAUGAUCGGAACCCCAACCAACUUCCAACACAUAUCUCACGCUGGACUCGACUUGGGGAAGGCAUAAACAAACCAACGCAUCAUCAUAAAGCAUCAAAAUACGAAGCUUCGAAACGCCCACGGUACAGCGAACGGCACAAGCUUCGAUCUCAUGGGGCUUCGUUGGCGGGAUCGGAACGGAAGAGGAGCGAACGCCAAGCAGACAAAAGGACCUCCUUGUUUUUCUAGUCUCGAUCUUCGUCUUCUUCGGCCAGUCUUUUGUCUCGUUCUUCAUAAUCAAAAUGUGUUCAGAACAAAAUCAUGUAUCAUUAUACAGUUAUUAUGAA